AUGAGAGCCGAACCUACACCUGCAUGGGACUCUGGUAACAACACCAUUUGGGAGGAAUACAUCGACAUCACCUUUGUAGUGGCAAACAGCUUGAUUCUGUUGAUAACUUGUAUUGUGGGAAUCGCAGCAAACAUUUUUGUGAUACUGGCAGUUUAUCACCAGAAAUCACUGCAAACUUCAAACAAUGCACUAGUGGUGAGUCUUGCUAUUAUUGACAUCCUGCGAUGUGUAAUUGACUGCCCCAUUCUUCUAACCAUUGUUACGGCUGUGCAUCAAAAUGGACAUGCGGACGAGUUGAUCUGUGAUGCACAAGUGGCCUCUUUCUCUUUCAGCUGCUGUAUCCAGCUUUUAACACUGGCAUGCAUAAGUGCAGAGAGAUACCAGGCCAUUGCACAACCGUUCAAAACUAGUCAACGAAGAAAACGGAUCAUGGUGCUAAUUCCAGUCACAUGGACCUUGGCUAUUCUGGUGGCUGUUUUUUGUCUCAUGUUUGUAAAGGACUCACCCGUGCAUAUGAGAUGCAAAAAAUCACAGAGCGAAACAUCAUCCUCCUAUGACACUUUUGGACUUUACAUUCUGUUGCCACUGUGGGCAGCUUGCUUUAGCGUUAUCAUUGGAUUCUAUGCUCGCAUAUUUAUCCUUGUGAGAUCACACAAUCGCAAAAUAUUUGACAAAGGCACUUUUCCACUUUCUAAAAAACACAAAACUCAAGAUAAACAGAAGAAAGAAGAAACCACAGUGGAAAAUGGGAAGUCUGGGCAAAACCAGAAGCUGAGCAAAAGUGUUGCUCACGUGGAACCGGUGACACAAGUUGAACCAAAUUCAGCACAGAAAGAUUCUUCAGCGGUUUUACUGACCUCAACAAAAGCUGCACAAUGUGUCUCCAGCUCAGAGAAAAAGAAAGAAUUAAAAAAUACAGUGGAGAUAACUGACUUGGAAACAGAACAGCCUUGCCCUCCUGCAAUGCAGGUUGCAGUGCAGACUAAAGAGAAACCUUUUAAAACAGAGCAAUCUAAUCCCUGUGCCACAAGAGUUGAAGCAAAACCAUCAAAUGAAGGUUCUGUUGGCAGUGUUAAGAACUCAGCCACAAAGCCACAGAAGGUGUCAAGCAAUUUCGACACAGAAAGCCAGUCCAAAGAGAAAGUGAAAAGUGACGAAGUACCUUCUGAAAUGAAAGAAAGCAGCCCUCAUGUUCCCUCCUCUGCACAGUUAGAAAAACCUGAAUCCACCUCUGUUUUACUGACGGAACAGAAACAAGCUAAGAACAACGAUGGAGGAGAAACACUGGCCAUUACUACUGUAGAUCAAACGUCUUCAUUACCUCCAGUCUCAGGCAAUGCUCCUGAAACAGAAGCUCCAAAACAAAAUUUGGAGGUCGAAGGUGCUGUUUGCAUAAUGCCUUCAAAAGCAAAUAGAGACAGAGCGAACAAAAAGAAGGAAGGUAAAAUGGCUAAGCGUGCCGGUUACAUAAUUGUAACCUUCCUCUUGUUCUGGCUGCCACUGAUCACAACCAUCGUGGUGAAUUUUGUGGUUCACAAAAACAAGAAUAUACAGAUAAAGAUCAUUCAGGAUGUGGAGAUCCUGUCAGUGUCUGUUGCCUGCAUCACUUCACUGAGUGACCCGAUAAUUUAUGCUGCAGUCAACCCCCAGUUUCGAUCAGAGUUUUACAGGCUAAAAAAUAAGGUUAAAUCCACAUUCAAUUUCAUGCAGGCUGACUUCUCAGCAGUUAGUAAACACUGCAGAGAAGAGGCGCUGCAUGCUGUGAGAAGCAGCCUGGACCGAUGCAAUCAGCUCAGCGGGGGUAUGCUGCUGAGUUCUGAGUGA